AUCGGACCAUUCCCUCUCUCAUUUCGGCCUUUGUCCAGUGCGUUCUAGACGGCGCUCCUCUGCAGACGUGCGGCGAUUGAAAAACGUUUAAUCCCAUAUCUAAUAUCCAAAAAUUAUGCAACUAGUGUGCAACAUGAAAAGUUGCAAAUAAUUCAAUAUACAAAUAAAUGAACACGCAAAAGAAACAGAAUCAAAAACAACAGCCCGGGGCCGAAUGAGAAACAUAAACAAUAUAUAUAUACAUAUACAUAGCACCUCAGAGGUGUGAAAAAUGGCGCAUCGGUGGUGUGUGAACAACCUGGAUCAAGGGAGCAACCCACGGAACCCUAAGCAAUUAUGAAAUUGAUAGCCAACUAAUUGGCCGAUUGAAAACAGCAUUUGAACAGCAUUGAACUUAAAACAGUGAGCAGUGACAAAUUGGCGAGCUAACGACCUUGUGGAUUGCGGAUACUUUUCGCAGAUCACCGAACUCUCUGUCCAGCUGUUAGCGUGGCCAUGAAGCACGAGAAGACCCUCGCCAUGGCUGCUCCGCACAAGCAGCGCCAUCCACAUCUCACGGAUAGCACCGCCCACGUUCCUCGUAGUCCCAUAACGAAGGCCUUUGACUUCCUGCCAUGGUCGCGGAGUCGCAGCAAGGUGAACAUGGCCAAGGCCCAGGAAGCCAAGAAUCAGUCGGUGGAACAGCAGGCAUCUGUUUCCUCAGCACCCACUUCUCCCGAAAAGCAGUCCUCGGAUGUUCACUAUCACAAGAACAUCUUCCGUAGUGGCGGUGGCCUGAUCCGGGAUAUCCUGGUAGGCGAUAAAAAUCUUCAACUGAAGGAUAAGCCGCCACAAUCUCCAGUUCCAUCGCACAAAAAGAAACAGAAGCACUUGUCGCGGAACAAGAGCUUAGAUAUCCGGGAGCUCAUAGGAUGUGUGGAGCGCGAAAUGGUGCCCAUUACGGGAGGAGCUUCUAUAAGUCAGCCACCUCGUUUCAUAGAUGACACCUACAUAGACCACAAGCCCAAGCACAUACUCUUUAAUGAUGAUGAGAAUACGGUGUAUAUUAUAAAGAAAGAGCAACCUGUGGCCAAGUCCAGUCACAAGGCUAGCAAUUCCUCGGCAUCCGCUGCCCAAACCAAUGGAGAUGUUCUGAAGGCCAGAUUAAAGUUUAAGCGCUUACCCGGUGAUCAUUAUGAGGCCUCGCCGGAGGCACUGCGACGAGCACAUCUCCUCCACCAGCGAACCGAGCAGCGCCAUCAGCUGCAGCGCCGCAAGAGUCUCAGCGAUCAGCAGAGCAGCUCCAGCCUGAGUAGUGGUGGUGGUGGUGGUGGAGGUAGUGGUAAUGGUAGCACUAUGCUGGAGCGUCCCAAGACCGACAAACCUCGCAAGAAGCUAUCCUUCCGGGAACCCAUAAUAGCCGGAGACCAAGUGCUGCCACUCAUUCUCAAUGAACAGCGUCAGGCGCGACAGAGGCGUCGCAGCUCCCCCUUAGAGCGAACCAGAGGGGGUUUAACGGGAGCGGACUGUGAUAAUUUAUGCAAUAAUCGCACAAAGGAUGCAAUUUCCUGCGGCUGUGCGACGAGCGAUCCAGAGUCUCAGGCCAUGCGCAUCGUUCGCACCGUGGGACAAGCCUUUGAAGUGUGCCACAAAUUUAAUCUUCAUAAGAAUUCCCUGGAACCCAAUGACGAACGCUCCGACAUAUCCUCAUCGGAGCUGCUGGACGUGGAGCAAAUCAGCGAGCAGCAGCUCAGCGAGGAUGGCGAACGCGGUGGCGGCGACAACGAAACGCCCAAGAAAGAGCACUUGGCCAUAACGCCCGAUCUGAACCACACGCAGCCGCAGCGACCUAACCACUUGGAGCUAAUGCCAUCGCAUUCGAGCCUACGCAAAUCGAAUAGCCUGCUGUGCGAUGUGGACGACAAGUCCCCAGGUUCACCUUCCUCGCCGCGUUCUGAGAUUACCCAACUGAAGGAUCAGCUGGAGGCACAGGCUCUGCAAACACGCCAGGCUCUUGGCCAGCUGAUGUUGGUGCGGGAGCAGCUCAUCUCGGAGACCAAUGCGCGCAUCGAGGCGCAGGCGCGCACCCAACAAUUGCUGCAGCAGAACCGGGAGCUUCUGGAGCACCUGGCUUCCUUGGGGGCCUACAACGAGCAGCAGAGUGCCGGACUCACGUCGGCCAAUAUCGGAAUGGCGCCGCAGCAAUCGCAGCUGCAAUUGCUGCUGCAGGCCACCAGCAACAACAACAAUUUGGCCACGAUCAAUCAGCAGAUCAGCAAUUUGGGCAGCAUUAAUCAGCAGCUGACCUCGCUGAGUCACCAGCUGAGUGGUCUAAAUCAACAGAGCCAGCACCUCCAGAAUUUGCAGCAACAGCAGCAGCAGCAACAACAAUCUGCAGCAGCGUUACCGACCCCGGCCACGCCGCCGCCCGUUGCUGGGGCCAGCAGCCCGUAUCCCUCGAUGAGCGCCCUGCAGAGCAUCAGCAAUCAGUUGCAACAGCAGCAGCAGCAACAGCAACAGGAUGCCUUGUCCAAGGAUCUGUUCCAGGUUAAUCAGGAGCUAUUGAAUCGCCUGCAGGCCUUGAAUUUAAACGCGAAUCCAGGACAGAGCCAGCAAACGCCUGCGGCUUCCGGGCACAACUCAUAUUUCUACGUGAACCCCUUGUCCUGCACACCGGCCACGCCGAAUAACAAUGCUGGCGGAGCUGGAGGUUUCAAUUUCCUCACCUCACCGGCGGCCACCGGAACUCUGACGCCCUCCCCUUUGGGUACCAUGAAUCGGAACUCGUUUGCCGGGAGCUCGUCCUUAAAUGAGGAUAUACGCAUGAGCAUCGAGCAGAAUCUGAAUAAUUUGGAGGAACAACUUAAGGCGGCGGUAUCCAAUGGCAAUUUGGCUGGUCUGGCCUGCGGAGGAUCGACUAGCACCCGAGAUACCAGUCGCAGUUCCUCAACCCUGGACUCGCCUUCCUCACCACGUUUGAGGAGCAGCAAUAACAACAUAAGUCCUGGUAGCAGCAAUGGCAACCAGAACCACAACAAUAAUAGCAAUAGCAACAGUAGCAGCAGUCGGGAUACACGAUUCAAUACGGUUUUGUUGAGGGUCACCGACGAGGCGGGUCACCAAAGGAAGCUUUCGGCCACGCCUAGCUUUAUAACCAGAAGUACCAGCGAGAAGGUACCCAAUCGUAGCCAGAUGAUGAGCCAGGUGCAGAGGACCACUUGGGCCAGGCAUACCACCAAAUAGGAGAAAACUCCAUAUGGACCAGGUCAUAGGUUAAACGAAUCAGAGAGAAAGAAAGAAAGAGAGCAUGAGGAUCGAGUGAAUGAUGGGUGUAACAGUAUUAAUUUAGGAGAAAAACCCUACUUUAGUUUUGCAUUUUAGGUGUCCUAGCAGAGCGUUUAAUGUGCCAAUUAUUUGCCCAGCUCAACGUCUAACUAAGUGUAAAAUAUAUAAAUAUUAUAUAUAUAUAUAUCGUAUCUAUUUAGCAUUAUCUUCUAGCUCAAAGUGUGCCAAAGUCAAAGUUAAUAACCCUUUUGGAGUUUGGUUAAUUUUCCGGGCCAGCAGCGAAACCUUAAGUAAAAGUAUUUGUGAAACAUAAUCUUAGCAUAUCAGCAACGAAGUAACUUACUCAAGUUCACAAUAAUCGUUUGAAAGUAUUUUGUCUCCCCUAAAUGAAAUCUAUAUCCAUACACCUAGUGUUUAAGCUAAUGAGUCUAGUCUAAACUGAUUAAGUUCGAUACUGUUAUUUUUGUAAAUUGUUGUAUUUUAAUUCAAUUUAUGCGUGACCCGCAUGGGCUAUACCAGCAAAAAUGCAAUAAUCAUGUGAAAUGCAUUAAUUAGUUGCCCGGCAAGAGGUUUAUGUAAAUUACAAUUUCAAAUAUUCAGUUGAAUAUGGAAUGCAGGCGGCAAAAAUGAACGGCAGACAACAGAAAUAAUAAUAAAAAUCGCAUAAUAAUGUAAAAAAA